AUGUCUACUAUGUCUAUGUCUUCAGUAAACCCUUCCUCCCUUAAACCAAAUUCUUUCAAUGAAGCAGAAAAUAUUCGCGAUCCACUUGAAUUUCGAAAGAAAAAGGAUCAAAAUAUAAGGAGGACACUAGGUUCCAAUUUAACUUCAAUUGAUAGAUUUACGGGUGCAAGUUCCGGAAAGGGUCCAAUAUACUAUUUGGUGCGUCCAAAAGAGUUACGAGAUGAUCAUCCUGUAUGGCAUUAUUUCUACUUGUGUACUUUGAUAUUUGCGGCAUUCGUGGCGUUAUUCGUUGGACCUGUUAUGUUUGGAAUGUUGGCAGCAAUUGGGGGCAUUGGAACUCCAUUUAUUUUAUCAAUUAUGGGAACUGAACGGGUUUUGGAUAUUCUUUCGUUUGGUGGGAAUGAUUUAUGGGGUAUGACGAAACAACAAAUCUUGUUGCUGAUAACAGAUUCCCAAGAAAAUCAUUAA